CAGCAGACGGGAUCCAUGUCCAACCCGCCGCGCCCGCGAAAUGCCCAGCUGCGCCUCCCAAGGUUGACCGGCCUUCCCCCGUUUCCCUCUCCCACACCGUCGCCGGCCGGGGAGGGCCACCGCCGCGCUAUGCGGCCCCGCGCCCGCAUGCUCGCCGCGAGGCACCUCCUCCGCGGCUCCCGCUUCCAGCUCCCCGCGGCGCUCCGGCGGCCCGGCGGGACCAACGGUCCGCCCGCGCCGACGCUUCCCCUCGGACGCUUCGGGCCGAGCUGCAGGGCCUCUCCUGGGACUGGGGGACGCGCCCCCUUCGGCCGCCCCCACCUUCUGCUCCCGGGCUCGGCCUUCCCGCCGCGGUGGUGCGCGUGGCCUCUCCGUAACCUGAGAGCCAAUGCCUUCUCCACUUCUGCCAAUGCUACGGCUGGGAAAACGGCUGAUGACGACGUGCAUAAAGAUGCCCCAAAGAAGGACAUCGAUGAUCAGAUAGCAGAUAUUCAGAUCCUUCAAAACCUUUGGAAGUACUUAAGGAUGAACAAUAGCCGUGAUUUCAACAUCAGGAUUGUGUUGUCAUUGGGCCUCUUAGUCGGCGCGAAGGUUAUAAAUGUUCAAGUGCCUUUCUUGUUUAAGCUUGCUAUCGAUUGGCUUGCAGCACUUGGUGGCGCUGAAGCCUCACUGGCAUCAUUUACAGAUGCUAAUGCAACCCUGUUGGCUCUCUUUGCAAGCCCAGCAGCAGUUCUGAUUGGAUAUGGUAUUGCGCGGUCAGGAGUAUCAGCUUGUACAGAACUGCGGAAUGCUUUAUUUUCAAAAGUUACCUGGAGAGCCAUCCGUUCAGUCUCUAGGAUGGUGUUUUCUCACUUGCAUGAGCUUGAUCUUCGUUAUCAUCUAAGCCGGCAAACUGGAGCUCUAAAUCGCAUAAUUGACAGAGGCAGCAAUGCAAUAAAUUUCAUUCUUACAGUGACAGUGUUCAAUAUUGUUCCCACAAUACUAGAGAUUGGUAUGGUGUCAAGUAUACUUGCCUACAAGUUUGGCUCCACUUUUGCUUGGAUUACUUCAGUUUCAGUCGCUACUUAUGUUGUUUUCACUUUGGCUUUGACACAGUGGCGGACCAAGUUCAGGACAGCCAUGAAUAAAGCUGAUAAUGCUUCUAGUGCAGUGGCAGUUGACUCCCUUCUGAAUUACGAGACUGUCAAAUACUUCAACAAUGAGCAAUUUGAAGUUCAGAAGUAUGACAAAUAUUUAAAGAGAUAUGAAGAUGCUGCACUGAAAGCCCAAAGUAGCCUUGCCUACUUGAACUUUGGGCAAAACGUUAUAUUUAGUUUGACAUUAUCCACAGCAAUGGUUUUGAGCUCAUAUGGUGUAAUGAGUGGUGCUCUGACUGUCGGUGAUUUGGUCAUGGUUAAUGGACUUCUAUUCCAGCUCUCAAUACCUCUGAACUUCCUUGGUAGUGUAUAUCGAGAAUCUAGACAAAGCCUUAUUGACAUGAAGUCCAUGUUUCAAUUGCUUGAGGAAAAACCUGGAAUAAAGGAUGAGCUUCAUGCACAACCUUUGCAUUUCAAGGGAGGAUGCAUUGAAUUCGAGAAUGUCCAUUUUGGGUAUGUACCAGAAAGGAAAAUUCUUAAUGGGGCCACUUUCACUGUACCAGCAGGAAAGAGUGUGGCAAUUGUUGGAACUAGUGGCAGCGGAAAAUCAACCAUACUUAGACUUCUCUUUAGAUUUUUUGAUACAACUUCAGGAUCUAUACGAAUAGACGGCCAAGAUAUUCGGGGAGUCACACUGGAGAGUCUUCGGAAGUCUCUUGGUGUUGUGCCACAGGAUACGGUACUUUUCAAUGACACGAUUAAGCAUAAUAUACAAUAUGGGCUGUUAUCAGCAAAUGAUGAAGAGGUUUACGAUGCUGCUCGACGUGCCUCUAUCCAUGAUACAAUUAUGAACUUUCCUGAAAAGUAUGACACGGUUGUGGGAGAGCGCGGAUUGAAGUUAAGUGGUGGUGAGAAACAACGACUCUCAAUUGCUCGUGUAUUCUUGAAGGAGCCUCACAUUCUGUUAUGUGAUGAAGCUACAAGCGCACUGGAUAGCACCACUGAAUCAUCGAUUUUGAAUUCUCUAAUGUCUUUAUCCAUCGAUCGAACCUCAAUAUUUAUUGCUCAUCGACUCACAACUGCAAUGCUAUGCGACGAGAUCAUUGUCUUCGAGAAUGGAACAGUAGUGGAACAAGGACCACAUGAUCUCCUCCUGUCGAAGCACGGGCGGUAUGCCGAACUUUGGUCCCAGCAGAAUACCACUGAAGCCAGUUGAUGCUUCUGCUUUUGGUACAUAAGUCUGAUAGACCCAAUACGUUUUCCCUUUGCAUGGGAAAACAAUGCAUAGCCAUGUUUCAAUGGAUGCAGGUUUUUAUUUAUCUGCCUUGUAAAUGUACUUCUUGAGAUUUCAGAUACAGGGGAAGUAGAAAUUUACUGUUGAGGGGGAAAUUCUCCAUUUUAGAGAACCGAGAGGCUAAAUUUUCCUGUACAGACAUCUAACAGUACCGGCAUAUGUCCAUAUGUUGAUGUAAUAAUUCUUGUACUACAUGGAACAAGUAAAUAAUUCUUGUGCAGCAUAUAAUGUAGGAACAUACUAACAUUCACAUAUUCAAUUACUUCCAGUUA